CCGCCCGCUGCGCCUGCUCCUGCUUUUUCUGCUGGUCGCAGGGCGCUGGGGUCCGGCCGGCGCGGGGGACGGCGCGCAGGGAGGAUUAUCAGAACCAUCCUUUAUUGCAAAACAGGAAGAUAGUUUGUUUAAGGAUUUAUUUGAAGACUAUGAAAGAUGGGUUCGUCCUGUGGAACACCUAAAUGACAAAAUAAAAAUAAAGUUUGGCCUUGCCAUCUCUCAGCUAGUGGAUGUGGAUGAGAAAAAUCAGUUAAUGACAACAAAUGUCUGGUUGAAACAGGAAUGGAUAGAUGUAAAAUUAAGAUGGAACCCUGUUGACUAUGGUGGAAUAAAAAUUAUACGUGUCCCUUCAGAGUCUCUCUGGACCCCAGACAUCGUUUUGUUUGAUAACGCAGAUGGACGUUUUGAAGGAGCCAGUACAAAAACGGUUGUCAGGUAUGAUGGCACUGUUACCUGGACUCCGCCAGCAAACUACAAAAGUUCCUGUACCAUAGAUGUCACAUUUUUUCCAUUUGAUCUCCAAAACUGUUCCAUGAAAUUUGGCUCCUGGACUUACGAUGGAUCACAGGUUGAUUUAAUUUUAGAGGACCAAGAUGUAGACAAGAGAGAUUUUUUUGAUAAUGGAGAAUGGGAAAUUUUGAGUGCAACAGGAAGCAAAGGAAACAGAACCGAUAGCUGUUGCUGGUAUCCAUAUAUCACUUACUCAUUUGUAAUUAAGCGUCUGCCUCUCUUUUAUACCUUGUUCCUUAUCAUACCCUGUAUCGGGCUCUCAUUUUUAACUGUACUUGUCUUCUAUCUUCCUUCAAAUGAAGGUGAAAAGAUUUGUCUCUGCACUUCGGUACUUGUCUCUUUGACCGUCUUCCUUCUGGUUAUUGAAGAGAUAAUACCCUCCUCUUCAAAAGUAAUACCUCUGAUAGGAGAGUAUCUGGUGUUUACCAUGAUUUUUGUGACACUAUCAAUUAUGGUAACAGUCUUCGCUAUCAACAUUCAUCAUCGUUCUUCCUCAACACAUAAUGCCAUGGCACCUUGGGUCCGCAAGAUAUUUCUUCACAAGCUUCCAAAACUGCUUUGCAUGAGAAGUCAUGUAGAUAGGUAUUUCACUCAGAAAGAAGAAACUGAGAGCGUUCAUGGGUCACAACCUUCUAGAAACACACUGGAAGCUGCACUUGAUUCUAUCCGCUAUAUUACCAGACACGUCAUGAAGGAGAAUGAUGUCCGCGAGGUUGUGGAAGAUUGGAAAUUCAUAGCCCAGGUUCUUGAUCGGAUGUUUUUGUGGACUUUCCUACUGGUGUCAAUUGUUGGAUCUCUUGGACUUUUUGUUCCUGUCAUUUAUAAAUGGGCAAAUAUAAUAGUACCAGUUCAUAUUGGAAAUGCAAAUAAGUGAUCCCUCCCAAGGGGUUAUAGUCUGAGUUUAGUUACCCGAAGGCACGUAUGUCUUAUGGCACCUUGUAUAAAAUUGAGAAUGUAAUGUUUAAAAUUUGAUGUAGGCUUUAACAGAUUAACAGUCGCUAAAAUGAGUUUAUCUGAAUACAGUGUCCAAGAGUACAUCUACCUGCAUGACUGAAGUAAUAGGUGACCAAAUAACAUUUAAUCUUCUGAAAAUAACACCAAAAUAUUAUCUGAACUGUACUAGUGAAUAUUCAAUGUUUGUAUCUUGGCAAAUCUAAUUUGUAAAAACCAGUGAAGUUCAUCUUUUGGUUAGGCUGGAAAAUUCCAGAUGUAUUUGAAGACUGAUUUUGAAACCUGUAUUUUGUCAAGAUAGACAUUUUUAAGUUCUUUCUGUCCCGUAUUCUCUGGGUGACAGCUAAUCUUUGGCAGAAUCUUACACUGUUAUAUUAAGUAAGCUGACUACUUAGUAUGGUAACAAUUUUAAUGUGAUGCUGCUUUCUAUAACCAACAUUUAAAAAAAAUGGGAAUUGAGAACUCCUUUAUCACUUUAUUUAGCUGCUUAAACUGGACAACUAUUGUAUUAGCUAUUUUUAUAGCUCCCCUUCCUUGUAAAAGCUUACAAUAGACAGCUCCUGUGGACAUGCAGUAGCGUAUCCUGAACAUUAAUUUAAAUGCCCUUGUCCAUAUUUUCCACACUUAAUAGAACUAUGUUCUGUAUAAACUGUGGUAGCAUUUCUUUAUCCUUGAUCUUAGAAUAGUCCAUUUCAGUGACACGAGUCCCAUUUUUAAAACAUGUCUGUAGGUACUCUGAAAUCAUUCUAUGAAAACCUUUUCUGAUUAAAGAUGGUAUUCUAAUCUUGUAUAAGCACCUCGUUACAUACUUGUAUCGAUAUACUUCUUUCAUUCUAACAAUGACAAUAAUAGAAUUUCAGAAUUGCAGUCUAUUAGCACUUAUUUAGUAUAGUAUAUUGUAUCCCAGAUAAACAUGUUAAAUUCCGUCCAAAUGUCCCUGAUUCAGCUGUGACUGGGAAGAAAAAACUGAUGGAAAUCUUGCAUUCGGUUUAGCGCUCUUAGCUCUUGAGAGAACAAAUGCCUUAUGUAUGUAUAGUAAGUAACCCAUCUCAGUUCAAGUCAGCACUCUUCAGAAGGCAGAGAGGGCCCUGUCUAAUUUGCAUUUUAUUGUAGGCAGGUGUUCAAUGCCAUUUAAUAUGUGUAAGUCUGGUUUGAUGAAUUUGAAUUGCUUGUUAGCUAUCUUAGCAUGUAUACAUCCCUGAUCACUCUUCUAUCUCAUUUACUGUUACUUAAAAUUUUUAUUUA